UAAUUAAACAAAAAGAAAGAAAGAAAAAAAAAAAAGAAGAAAGAAAAAGGAAAUUGCUCUUGUCUCUGAGAGAGCAAGUAGAAAGCCAGCGGGACAGAGUGAGAAGUAACUCUCUCGGUUGUUGCUUCUUUUAAACUCCAUCCAUCUGUCCCCAACCUAAAACCCUAAAAGCUUGUUAAUCCAGCACCAGCUAACUCAGAUCGCCGUGAUUCCUCUCCGAUCUACUCCCGAGUUGACUCCAUGGCCAAAUGCUGCUGAGCCAGCAAUGUUAAUCGGCCAUGUCGGCUUCUUUAGCUGCUUUUGAGCGCCCCCGCCCCGGAGCUUCUAACACGGUCUUCAAGAGUGGCCCAUUAUUCAUAUCUUCAAAAGGAAUAGGGUGGAAGUCUUGGAAGAAGCGGUGGUUUAUCCUCACACGGACUUCUUUGGUUUUCUUUAAAAACGAUCCUAGCGCACUUCCACAAAAAGGUGGUGAAGUAUAUUUGACUUUAGGAGGCAUUGACCUGAACAAUUCUGGGAGUGUUGUUGUUAGAGAAGAUAAAAAGCUGCUGACUGUUUUAUUUCCUGAUGGACGUGAUGGGCGGGCUUUCACUCUUAAGGCUGAGACAUCAGAAGACUUGUACGAGUGGAAGACAGCCCUUGAACAUGCCCUUGCACAAGCUCCAAGUGCCGCCCUUGUCAUGGGGCACAAUGGGAUUUUCAGAAAUGACACAAAUGAUACAAUAGAAGGGUCUUUCCAUCAAUGGAGGGAUAAGCGUCCUGUUAAAUCUUUGGUCGUUGGAAGACCAAUUCUGCUUGCCCUAGAAGAUAUUGAUGGAGGUCCUUCUUUCCUCGAGAAAGCUCUUCGGUUCCUUGAAAAGUUUGGUACUAAAGUUGAAGGAAUUUUGCGACAGUCUGCUGAUGUUGAGGAGGUAGAACGCAGGGUACAAGAGUAUGAACAAGGCAAGACUGAAUUUGAUCCUGAUGAGGAUGCUCAUGUUGUUGGUGAUUGUGUCAAGCACGUUCUGAGAGAGCUGCCCUCAUCUCCAGUACCAGCUUCUUGCUGCACUGCCUUGCUGGAGGCUUAUAAAAUUGAUCGAAAGGAAGCUCGGAUCAAUGCAAUGCGGUCUUCAAUAUUAGAGACAUUUCCUGAACCAAACCGCCGUUUAUUACAAAGAAUUUUAAAGAUGAUGCAUACCAUCUCUUCUCACUCUCAUGAGAAUCGAAUGAAUCCAUCUGCAGUUGCUGCUUGCAUGGCACCCUUGCUCUUACGCCCUCUAUUGGCUGGUGAAUGUGAGUUGGAUGAUGACUUUGAUAUUAAUGGUGAUAAUUCUGCCCAGCUUCUUGCUGCUGCAAAUGCCGCCAAUAAUGCUCAAGCAAUCAUCACUACGCUUUUGGAGGAGUUUGAAAACAUUUUUGAUGAUGAGAAUUUACUGCGGUGUUCGAUCUCAGCUGAUUCUCGAAUUGAAAAUAGCGGCAGUGAUGAUUCGUCCGAUGAUGACAACCUUGAUAUAAAAGAUAAUGGUUACCAUGAUGCCGAAAAUGAAGUUGAUGCGGAAACAGAUGAUGACCAAGAUCGUGUACACAGUGGGAAAUUGAGUGAAAGCAGCGGUUAUGCUGGCAGUGACCUCUAUGAUUAUAAGGCAUUUGGGGCUGAUGAUUCUGAUGUUGGAUCGCCUAAUGGAAAUCAUGCUUCAGCUGAGAGUUCAAAAUCAGUUGUUCCUCAACAGAAUCCAAACGUCGAAGGGAUGGAUAGAGGAGGCAAACAGAUAAAAGAAAAUGAAAAUUCAAUUAGUGAGAAUGGUGAAACGAGCAUACCAAGCACAUCACCUGCGGGAGAAUCGUACAGAUCAAUGGGAGAGAUUCUAUCAGCAAUGGAUCCAGGGCAUCCUUUACCAGUUGUGUCUGAAUCAGGAGCUGUUAAGGCAGUGGGUAAAGUAACAGGCUCCAAUCAUAGUGCAAAGCGAACAGCAUUUUGGGGAAGAAGCAAUGCAAGAAAGACACUAUCCAUGGAAUCAGUCGAUUCUUCUGGAGAGGAAGAGCUUUCUAUUCAGAGGCUUGAGAUUGCUAAAAAUGACCUGCAGCACAGGAUUGCAAAAGAGGCUAGAGGAAAUGCAAUUUUACAAGCUAGCUUGGAGAGAAGAAAGCAAGCUUUACAUGAGAGGCGCCUGGCACUGGAACAAGAUGUUUCAAGAUUACAAGAACAGCUACAAGCUGAAAGAGAUCUUAGAGCUGCAUUAGAGGUUGGUUUGAGCAUGUCUUCUGGACAGUUAACCAGUUCACGUGGCAUGGAUUCUAAGACAAGAGCUGAACUUGAGGAGAUAGCUCUUGCCGAAGCAGAUGUGGCCAGGUUGAAACAGAAAGUUGCAGAACUCCACCAUCAACUUAAUCAGCAGCGACAGAAUCAUUAUGGUUCUCUCUCUGAUGCAUGUGACCGUUACCAGAACGUCCAAAAUCAUAAUUCUCAACAGAGGUUUCUUCAGCAAGAUUUUGAUGCAACCCUCGCCUUUUGUAAUCAUGAACGGAAACAGAGGAAUGAGGAGAAUUUGUUGGGGGCGGAUUGGAGGAAUAUCAAAGGACAAAUUCUAGCAUCUGGAAGUAGCACAAGGCAGCCAUCAAGGAAGCAAUUCAUGGAUCCAGGUAGCUUAAGUGAAUCCAAAAGUACUGAUGUAUCCACAAGUUUGUCUGUUGAUGAGCUUUCUGCUGUUGAUUCUGCUUCCAUUCCCUCCACUUCAAGAGCAGCAGAGGUGGUGGAUUAUCCAAGACAUCCAUCAACAGCAUCUUCAGCCUUGGUAGAAUUAACAACUCGUCUUGAUUUCUUCAAGGAAAGACGUUCUCAGCUAAUGGAGCAGCUUCAUAACCUUGAUUUAAAUUAUGGCGCAACAUCUUUGCAAGACUCAGUCUAUAGACCAUCGUCCCCACCAUGGAAUUGACUGGCUGGAGAAGAUGCUCAUCAAAUGAGUUGGAAGAUGAAUGCCAAACACCUUAUUGUUGUAUAGUCUACGUUAAUGUUGCAUAUAGUUGUCUCACAUGUGUGCUCUGUUUAAUAUUCUUAUUUCUCAUUCAAAGUGUCUUUUUCUUUUCUCAAGUGAGGAUAUCAAUGGAAUUCUCGUGAGAUUUUUUUUUGGUUGGUUGUCAAAAGUACCCUUUAAGCGAACCACUGUAUGUUGUUGUGUCAGGUUGGGUGAUGUUAUUGAAACAAUAAUAUUUAUAGUGAGCAAAACCACUUGACGAGAA